AGAGAGAGUGUCAUUCAGAGCGAAGUGACGACACCAUCUUUUUUAUUUGGAUUAGUGCUGUUUCACUCUUACGCAUAGUAAAGCUGCUACAGUUGUCCUACUCUUCCGUGCCUAUGUUCACACUGAAUGUCGUCAUAGAUUUUUGAUACAAUGUGUUAGAAAGAGAUGCAGCAAACCAGUCCAUGAGAUCUUGUCGUCAGGAAGCGCGGAAGGUAGGCUCCCUCUAUGUUAAUAUAUACCUCUAUGAAUCACACAACACUUUUUUCUAUGCGAGACACGACGUUGUCUUGGGAAGUGUAAAAUGACACGAGAGGAUCAUCGUAGGAAAAAAAUUUUGCAUUUGGAUCCAUAUCAAGGUCGGUAAUGACAGUGCUGUGUUGUUGGUUGUCUAAGUCUAACGGAUAACCAUCAUAACCACAGCAUAGAAAACGCAAUCAUAACAUAAAACAUAACCUUCAUCUUUUAUGUACAUUUGUGUACAUUGUUUUAUAAUACCUAAGUACAUAAUCUUUAAUGUUUAUUUUAUGUGCUUUUUCUAUGGCUGUGGCUUCUGGCUUGUAGUCUUAUAAAAAUUGGUCUUAUUGCUAAAUUUAUUACCUUUGAAUAUAAUAAUAUAAAAUAAAACAUCUCACUGGUCCUAGGUAAAAUGUUUGAUUGUAAUACUUGUGAUAAUAAAACGUAUUCUUCCCAAAAGGCGUUGAGUAAACAUUACAGACAAUUUCAUAAUAUUAUUUUUAAAGAAGUGCUAUAUGAGUGUCAUCAGUGCAAUAAAACUUUUCCGUCGAAAAGAAAACUGCAAGAGCAUCACAGCAAGAAUCACAAAACGUUUCGUAUUCCAGGCACAACAUUUCAAUGUGAUAGAUGUGAUAAACUGUAUGCAUCAAAAAAGUAUUUGAAAAUACAUGAAAAGAAACACCAAAGCCCAAGUUCUCUUGACAAAUAUGAAUGCCAUACAUGCGGAUCUAUUUUUGACACAAAAAAUGAAAUAUGUGAUCAUAUAAAAUUACAUAAUAGAUGUAAGAACCUGUUAUGCCCAUUCAAUGAGUGCCAAGAAUCUUACAACAGAUACAAACAUCUUCGUAGUCAUAUCUCAGAUUAUCAUAAUUUACAUCUGAUAACUGAAACAUAUACAUUCAGUACUAAUGAAGAAUUCAAUAAAUGGCGUUCUGCAAAAGAACAAGAACUGAAAGCAAAUUAUAUUUUGUCUACCAGUGAAAAAAAAUUAAAGGAGGGUGUAAGGACAUAUUAUAUAUGUCAUAGAUCUCAAGCUCCACGGAUAACAGAAACCCCUAAAAGAAAUGCGAAAUCUAUGGGAACAAAUAAAAUUGGACGUACAUGUCCAUCUACUAUGAUUGUUACAAGUAACCAAGAAUGCAUAUCAGUUGUUUUCUUUCCUGUACAUGUUGGUCAUUGUAAUGAACUAGGGCGUUUAAGAAUUGAUGAGACAGACAGGAUUAAAAUAGCAGGUAAAUUGUCUCAAGGGGUCCCAAUAGGCAGAGUACUCAGUGAUAUUAGAGAAAGUGCACCCAGUGGAGAGAUGGAGAGAGUUCACUUGAUUGAAAAAAAGGACCUUAACAACAUUGUACGAGAUUUUUCAAUUGGAUACACUACUAAAAGGCACAAAAAUGAUGCAGUCAGUGUACAAUUAUGGGUCAAAGCCAUGCAAUUAUUGGAAAACAACCCAGUUUUAUUUUAUAAAAACAGUGAAGAAGAUUAUGAGGGAGUGUUUGAUAAAAAUGAUUUUGUUUUAAUAAUAAUGACAGAAUUUCAGAAAAAGUCACUUAUUUCAUUUGGUCAAGACAAAAUCUGCAUUGAUGGCACUCACGGUUUAAACCAGUAUGGAUUUCAAUUAUACACAGUUGUUAUUGUUGAUGAAUAUGGUUCUGGGGUACCAGCAGCAUUUUGUUUUUCAAACAGAUCUGAUGAAACACUCUUUCAACAUUUUUUUCAAUGUAUUAAAGAUAGUGUUGGAUUAUUGUCGGCAAAUGUUUUUAUGUCGGAUGACUAUCCUGCAUUUUACAAUGCAUGGAAAUCAGUUAUGAGCGAAGUACCUAAUAGACUGUUAUGUACCUGGCAUAUAAACAAGAACUGGGUACAAAAUUCUGGAAAAAUAUUAGAUAAGAAUAAAAGAUCUCUUGUUUUAAAAACUUUAAAAGUCUUGCAAAAAGAAAUAGAUGGGGAAGCUUUUCAGAAUGAGCUAAAAACUUUUGUUCAUCAGCUUCAAAAUGAUUCUGAUACAUUGCAAUUUUACCAGUAUUUUUCUAGGACAUAUUUGAAUCGACUAGAAAUGUGGGCUUAUUGCCACAGAAAAUAUCUUGGCAUAAAUACGAAUAUGUAUUUAGAAUCACUCCAUAAAGUGAUAAAACAUUUUUACCUGGAAGGUAGAAAAUGCAAACGUCUGGAUAAGACCAUAAAUGCAUUAAUGAAUCUGGUACGGGACAAAAUGUUUGAGAGGGUCAUAAAGUUAGAAAAGCAUAAAGUAUCUGGAAAAAUACAGAAAAUCAGAAAUAGUCAUAGGCUAGGUGGAAACAUUUCAAGGGACUGUGUUCAACAAAAAAAUGAAAAGCAGUGGUGUGUAAUUUCUUCAAAUGAUAAUGAUCAUACUUAUUUGGUUGAAAAAAUAGGUAAGGGUUGCAUUGACCUUUGUGAGCUUAAAUGUAAAAGUUGCCAAAUUUGCAUUCAUUGUUUUAAAUGCAGCUGUUUGGAUAAUGUUAUAAACUAUAAUAUUUGUAAACAUAUACAUGCCUGUUGUCUUUAUUUUUUCAACAAUGUAUUAGGUCAUGCUCCAUCAGUGUUUAAAUCAGAAUCUAAUAAUGUUACAAAUAAUUUCAUCUCAGCAGUACCAAGUAGUAGUAAUUCUAACAGAGACUUACUAAAUUCUAAGCUUGAGGUACUCAUUGGGUUAAAUAAUAGGUUUAAUUUAGGUGAAGCUGAUGAAAACAUUAUUUCAAAGUACCUUGAUAAGGCAAUUGAUAUUUAUAAUACCAAUGGUCAGGUUAACUUUGAAGUUAAGGAGAGUGUAACUACCACUCAAAAACUUGAACCUCAGGUUAGAAUGUUUUCUGCCAAGCGCAAACGGAGAUCUCAAAAAGAUAUCCAACAGCCUUUAGCUCAUGAGACAAAAAGCAUAAAACUAGCACUUGCAGACUCUGAAGCUAAAGUGCCUAAUAUUAGUACAGAUUUUAAUUUUGAGCAUUCAUAUUCUAAACUGUAAGAUUCUAUUUCACAAGAUUCCAUUUUCUAUCUCCCUAAUUCAGGAAAGGUCUCGAAUUAAUUGUUUAUAAAACCAGUCGAUAAAUCUGAACUGAUCCAAACAAUCAAUAGUAUCAAAAGCAAAUCUUCCUGUAGUACUGAUGGUCUAUCGACAAAAAUUUUUUCUAAUCUCCCAGAAAAUGUGUUGGAAGUCCUCAUCUCACUAAUUAUUGAUUAACUAUAUAAAAAGGUAAAUUUCCAGAGUGCCUAAAAACAGCCAUCAUUAUUCCUCUUCAUAAGGGUAGUGAAAUAUCUAAUACCUACAAUUAGAGACCUAUUGCACUACUACCGGUAGGUAUUCUCCAAAAUUAUUGAGAGACUCAUAAAAGCCCGACUUAUGCCCUUUCUCGUUGAAAACAUUUUAUCACAAAAUCAGUUCGGCUUUUUAAAUAAUAAAUGCACCACUGAUGCCAUGUUUUCUGUACUACAUGAGGUUUAUCAAACACUGAACAAUAAUCUUCACAUUGCCACAGUUUUUUGUGACUACGCCAAAGCUUUUGAUUGUGUAAAUUACAACAUUUUGAUAAAAAAACUAAAUUUCUACGGAAUUCGAGGUAUUUCUUUAAAUUGGUUCCAAUCUUACUUGGAUGAUAGGAAACAACUGGUUAUAACAAAUUAACGAUAAAACGAAGAAAACUCGAGUAUUUGGGUCACCUGAUGAGAGGUCAUAAAUACGCAUUACUUCAAAAUAUAAUGCAAGGAAAAAUAGAAGGAAAACGGAAUCCAGGCCGUAGAAGAAUGUCGUGGAUGCGGAAUUUGAGAGAGUGGUUUGGCUGCACCACUAAUGAACUUUUUAGGUCAGCUGUAAACAAAAUCAGGGUAGCCUUGAUGAUUUCCAAUCUCCGAUAGGAGUGGCACAAGAAGAAGAAGAAGAACAAAUGGUACAGACUCUAGUCUCAAAAACAUUGUAUGUGGGGUACCUCAAGGUUCAGUAUUGGGUCCUCUACUUUUCCUUAUCUUUAUUAAUGACAUCACUAGCUUAAAAAUCGAGGGAAAAGUUUUUCUUUUUGCUGAUGAUACCAGUAUCACUUGGAGCAACUCAAAUAUUGCAAAUCUUCAAGCUACUAUAACUUUUGAUCUACUUGAUCAAUAAAAACCUGGUCUGACUCUAAUUUACUCUCCUUUAACGUAGAUAAAACAGCAUUAUCAUAUAUACAAUAGCAAAACAACUCAGGAGCUCUUCAACCCUUACCUCUUAAUAACAGCCAGAUCAGUACCGUUGAUUCUGUAAAAUUUCGUAUUUUUUUAGACAGAAACCUUAAAUGGUCCCUUCAUAUCGAUUUGUUAAGGAAGAAACUAUCUUCAGCUUGCUAUGCUAUAAGAUCUGUUUCGAAUGAACUCAAUUUAGCCUAGACAAAAGCCUACCUAUCUGAAAGACCAUAUUAUUCAGUAGAAGAUUUUCUUAAUUGUUGAUGUUAUCUUUACUGAUUUAGCAAAAGCCUUUGAUAGAGUAAAUCAUUCAGUACUAUUAAAAAAACUGAGGUCAUAUGCACUUUCUGACAAACUUAUAAAAUUCUUUGAAUCUUACCUUACCAACCGUACUAAUGUAGUCAAAUUUGGGAACUGCUACUCAGACAGUUUUAUAACUGGGUCAGGUGUUCCGCAAGGUUCCAUCCUUGGGCCUUUACUUUUUGUUAUGUUCAUAAAUGACAUCACUGAUUAUAUAAAAUUUAUAUAAAAUUAAGUUUCUUCUAUUUGCAGACGAUUUAAAAUUAUUUCUUACGAUAAAAAACGAACAUGACUGUAUUAAUUUACAACAAGAUAUUCAAGGCAGCAAAAGUGGGAUUGCACCAGUUACGCUUCUGUGUGGUUAUUUAUUCUGUGUUCAAGGUAUAUCCAGAUUCUGUAAAAAUAAUGAUUUGAACUUGAAAUGAAUCAAAAUGUAAACUAUUGACUUUUUCUAGAAAGCGAGAAAUAAUAAGAACAGAUUAUUUUAUUAAUGAAGUAAAACUUGAAAGGUUAACAAAAAUCAGAGAUCUAAGGGUGUUAUUCACUAGCACAUUCUCCUUUAAUGAGCACAUUCUCAAACUAACUAAUGAUUGUUAUAGACAAUAGACAGUUAGGCUUUAUCCCUAAUAACACAAAACAUUCCAUGAAUGUUCCUAGAAUGUACACACAGGACAUUGAAAACAUUCCUGGAAUGUCCCCAAAUGCACACGAAUGUCCCUGGAAAGUCCCAGGAAAGUGCUGUGUCAGCAUUUUAAAUAUUCUUAGAAUGUUCUGUUGGAACAUUCCAUGAAUGUCUACGAAUGUUCUUUGGACAUUCACAGUCUAUUUUUUAGACUGAAUGUCUUGUUGGAACAUUCCAUGAAUGUUCUUUGGACAUUCACAGUAUAUUUUUAGACUGAAUGUCUUGUUAGAACAUUCCAUGAAUGUCUACGAACGUUCUUUGAACAUUCACAGUAUAUUUUUUAGACAUUCACUGAAAUAUAUCGUCAGUAAUGUGACAAUACCUCCUAUAUGUCUUUUCAUGAGGUUUGCAGGAGACGAAAAACAUUUUUUAAGGUCACUUUCUGUUUUCGUACGUAUUCUGACUUUUUUGUAGUAAAUAGAUAGUUGAAUUUACUGCAAAACAAGUCAAAAAAUAUAUGAAAACAGGAGGUGGCCGAAACAAGUUUUUAGUCUAUCUUACAAAUCUCUUGAAAAAAACAGAUAGGAGGUAUUGUCACAUCGCUGACGAUAUGUGGCCAUACCAAAUAAUACAUCCUUGAUAAAUAUAAAAAAAAUUUAUUGCAAAAAAUCUUUACAUACAUUUUUUAAUGUAAUUUACUGACAUUCCUAAAUAUUAUAAAAAAAUGUGUCACAUUUGCUUUGUAAACCUUUCUUUUGCUUUUCGUAGCCACAUAUUCCGUUUCCUUUCUGGUUUUUUGUAGACCACUUCUCUCAGCUGAUUCUAAAAGAAAAUAAAAUAAAAGGUAAUUUUUCUAUCCUUUACAAUUAACAAUCAGAAGAAAUAUUAUUUACAGGUAAUAAUACGCAUAAAUAAUAAUAAUAAAAAAAUAAAGAUUAAAUAAUAUUUAAAUAAAUAAUAAAUAAUAUUUAAUAAAUAAAAUAAUAAUAAUGAACAUUUUGUAUUUUGACAACGACAUCCGACGUGGAAGUAGAAACCUUAAUAAAAUUAUUUUUUCAAGUAAAUUGUGGCUUAUUUCCUCAUUAGAAUAGUUAAUUACAAAAAAGCCACAAAGAAAUAGAUUUUUCACAAACAAAUAAGUAUUUAGUAUUCAUUAUAUUUAUUGUUUUUAUUAUUUACUUUAAUGUCCUACUGGUACAUUAUUUGACAAAUAAUGACAUUUCGAAGUCUGUUAAGUACGAUAUAACGCCCUUGGGCAUUAAAUUUAAAUAACGACUUAGAUACUGUCAAGUUGACAAAUAUCAACCUAAGUAAAACUAUGGUUACCACAAUUAUGUUACUACUGUUACUGGUAAAUGUACUUAUUUAAAAACUAAUCAAUUCAAAAUUCAUUCAAAUUUUUCACAUAUAAAGAAUAAUUUAGUCAGACAUUAAACGUUGAAGGCACCACAGGUAUUAUAAUAAUAACGCUUUCGGUCAACGUAUAUCCCUCAGGCCCUUGUUAAAAACACCAUUGACCUCAAGCGUUAUUAUCCUUAUAAUACCCUUGGUACCUUAAUAACUGUAACAUAAGAUUAUACCUUAAUUCUUGUUUUCUAUUUCUGAUGUUUUUAUUUAUUUACAUUGAAUAUUAAUCUGUUUUGUUGUAUAAUCUACUUCGCAAUAAUUAUGUGAUAUAUUUGACUUAAAAUGAAUUCAAAAAUUUUUUGCAGUUGGGCAACAAUGUCAACUUAGAUCUCCGAUGUAGAUAAUGAAUUACAACAGUAUCUAUAUUGUACAGACUGUAUUAUUAAUUAGGUUAUUUAUUUAUUUAUUUAUUGAAAUAUACAUCCACCAGGUAUAAACCCAUAAAGGUGUACAUAAGAAAACUACAUACAUUGACUGAACACUUGAUGACAAAAUAUAAAAUAAAAUAAAGAAUAACCAAAAAUGUUUCUGUUGUUAAUACACAUACACAAUAAUAAACAAAGACCUUAAUAAAGAAAAAUAACAUGGCAUCAAUUCGAUAAGCUAUUGUGUAUUUCGCGUUUAAAGAUGUUAAAACCAAGAAAAAAAAUGCAUAUACCUGUGUGACAUAAGCUAUUGGAACAGCACAGUCUCUUAAACGAACAGAUGAAAGUGAAAUUCUGUCAAUAUCUUUUUCUAAAAAGUGUUUUGAACAUACUCCUCUAUUAACAAAUCUGAUCUAUACUUCAUGUCUUCUUCGCAGGAUCUUCUGGAAAGCUAAAAAUACAAAAUAUAGGCAUUACUAAGCAUUAUUAACAAAUUUUAGUUUUAAAUAAAAAAUAUGAUUAAUGGACUCACAAAAUAUUAUAAAACAGCUUAGAAAUUGUUUAUUAGUAAGUCAGUUCCCCAAACUCUGACACAACUGGCUAGUGAUUUUAGUAGGUAAUUUUUUUUGUUUUUGGCCAAUUUUGCCAAAAUUACAGUAAUUAUUAACUAUUUAGUUAUUAUUUUUUUUUGCAAUUUUACCAAAUUGGCAAAAUUAUUUACUAAAAUCACUAGCCAGUUGUACUGAGACUGAGUUUAGCAAAUCGACUAUAAUAUUCUGUGUAUUCAUUAGUUGGUACUGCAUAUUAUAGUGUGUGGUCUACCAUCCUAUUUAUAAAGGCAUACAUUAGCAAAAACGCAAAAAGAAUUACUUUAGUUUUACAAAUCCUAUUGUUAUUAUCUCUAUUUACUAUUUUAGUUAGGAAUAAGCGAAGUUAUUGUGGCUUAUUCACAAUUAUUAUUAAAAUAAUAAAUGGAUAUGACCAAUUAUUAACUUAUAAAAUAAAAUAAUAAUUCUUCUGAUUUAUGCCUUUUAUUCACUUUGUUAUAUCUAGGUUACUUAAAAGAUUUUUUAUGAAUAGUAUUAUUAGGGUAUUAAUAGUAUUAAUUUAUUUUCUGAAAUACAGGGCAUGCCUUCGUUUACAUAUUUGCAUACUAACCUUUUAAUAGGGCUUUUCAUUUUCAUUCACAGUCAUUUGUUUGGAGCUUCUGUCAUAAUUGAAACGUUAUUCCUGCAGAUUUUUUUAUCUACAUUUGUUUCUGCUACUCCAACUGCGUUAAAAACAGGACACCAUUUUAUUCACUAUGUUAAUAAUACUAUUAAAGCUAUUAUAAAAGUAUCCGAAUUAAAAAAAUAUUCUUAAAAAGCACAAAUAAUACAAAGGUGGCAAGAUGAAGAUGCCAAGAUGGCCGAAGCGAGGUCGUUGGUUGGUCGUUUUUAGUCACGUGAUGCCCUCUCAAGCGCCAUGCACAAAAAUAUAUGCACGGCGAAUUUGAAAAUGAACGCAAAAGAAAUAAAUAUAAAUGCCUCUCUUGGGUUUUGCAUAAGUUAUAAGUAUUUUUUUUAUUAACAAAAUCGCAUUCCAAAUUGAAUAUUCGCGAACAAUAAUUUUUAUUACAUUUGUAUGUUUAUAAUAUUGUAUUAAUUGAACUUGGAAAACUCUUUAAAUUUGACAUAUUAUUGCACUGUAGGCCUAAAGUGUCACUUAGUUUGUCUGGUAUGUUAUAAGUAAUGUUGUAUCUGUUACACGUAUGUAUUAUUUCGCAACUUAAAAUAUAUGAACAUUGGUAGUAUGUUCACAGAAUGUCUUAUGGUAACAUUCCAGGAAUAAUUUAAACAGAUGUUCACCGAAUGUUCCCUAAAUGUCCAGGACAUUCAAAUAUUGAUAGAACUUUGGUAGUACAUUCCUGGAAUGUUGUGUGUUGUUAGGGAUCCUAAAAUCCAGUAAAGAAUUUUAUUGUGACACUACAAUUAAGCUUUUUAAUGCAUAUGUGAGGUCAAAACUCGAAUAUUGUUAUACCAUAUGGAGUCCCUCCACCAUAUCACAUAGUGAUAUGAUAGAGAGGAUUCAGAAGAAAUUUUUAAGGUCUUUAAAGAAAUUUGGGAUUUAUCCUUUUAAGGUUUCCUAUAACUUGCAGAGAAUGCUUUUUGACACUGUGUUAUUGAGCGAAAGACGUAGAAAUGCCCAAAUCAUUUUUAUAUUUAAUAUAGUUUAUCAAAUUAUAGAUUCUCCUACGAUUCUUUAAUUUAUAAAUUUUAAUGUACCAGACCAAAGACUUAGAUGUAGACACAGUUUAUUUAAAAUAACUCCAGAAUAAGCAAACUCCCCCAUGGCAAACUGCUUAAUGGCAACGAACGAUUUUAUCGUGAGUGAAGACCUUGACCUAUAUAAUAUGAAAAAGAGUACUAUGUUACAUAAACUGUGAUACCCGUAUUUAUUGUUUUAAAGUGUAUUUAUUUUAUUGUAUUGUAUAAAUUGUAUGUUCUUAUUUCUUUGUAUUGACCAACUGUGUGUUUAUAAAUGGCAUCAUUGCUGUAAAUGUGCAGUAUAAAUAAAUAAAUUAAUUAAUCAAUAACUAAGAAAUUACAGUACCCUUGACCAUUGACACAAGUAGUAUUUUUAUUAUUUUUUUAUCUAUAUUUGAGUGUCGUAUGCAGCAGCUUAACUUUUAAACUUAUUAAUUACUAGGUAGACUAUGAAAUUUGCAAUUUAUUUAAAUUUUGCAAUUGAUUCUUUCUGUUUAACUUCAUUAUUAUUAUUAUUUUUUAAUUACAUUGUCGAUUUAUGUAAUUUUAGUAAAUUGAAUUGUUAUUGUUUUGUUUUCUUGACUUUUUAUAAGCUUUGUCGAUAAAAUUGUACAAUUUUUCAUGACAAUAAGAGCCAGCGCAGACUGUAGACUUUUUAGUCGGCUUCUUAAUCAGUACAGAGAGUUAUGCAGAUGCACACAUUACACCGAUUCACCAAUGCAUACCUCUCUGUACUGAUUAAGAAGCUGACUAAAAAGUCUGUGUGGGCUCUAAAGCAUAUUUCUCUCUCUUCUCUAUAAGUGUAAUGUUGUAAAUUAUUGUAACCCGUGUGUAAUAAAUGUCUAACAAUUAAAAAA